AUGUCACUCCAAGAUUUCCUCUCUUCUGUUGCUGUAUUCCUUUCUAUUACAUUUUUCUACCCUUCUAUCUCUCUAUGUGGCCUUUCUAUUAUUCACAUUAUUCUUCACUCUAUAACACCAUUAAUAUUUUUCUAUCUUUCUAUUAGUCCUUUCUAUUACAUUUUUCUACCCUUCUAUCUCUCUAUGUGGCCUUUCUAUUAUUCACAUUAUUCUUUCUAUACCAUUAAUAUUUUCUAUCUUUCUAUUAGUCCUUUCUAUUACAUUUUUCUACCCUUCUAUCUCUCUAUGUGGCCUUUCUAUUAUUCACAUUAUUCUUCCUCUAUAACACCAUUUAUUUUCUAUCUUUCUAUUAGUCCUUUCUUCAUUUUCUACCCUUCUAUUCUCUAUUCCUUUCUAUUACAUUUUUUUCUAUUUCUAUGUGGCCUUUCUAUUAUUCACAUUAUUCUUCACUCUAUAACACCAUUAAUAUUUUUCUAUCUUUCUAUUAGUCCUUUCUAUUACAUUUUUACCCUUCUAUCUCUCUAUGUGGCCUUUCUAUUAUUCAUUAUUCUUCACUCUAUCAUUAAUAUUUUUCUAUCUUUCUAUUAUCCUUUUAUUAUACCCUUCUUCUCUCUAUGGCCUUUCUAUUAUUCACAUUAUUCUUCACUCUAUAACACCAUUAAUAUUUUUCUAUCUUUCUAUUACUCCUAUUACAUUUUAUUUUUAUCUCUCUAUUACACCUGUUCUUCUCUCUCUAUUACACCUUUCUAUUCUCCUCUCUUUUUUUAUCUCUGUUAUACGUCUCUCUUCUUUUGUCUCCAUUAUGCCUUUCUAUUUUUAUCUCUCUAUCACACCUUAUUAUUCUUUUUUAUAUUUUCUCUCUAUUACACUUUUCAGUCCUUGUCUCUCUCUUCUCUCAAUCAUACCUUUCUAUUUUUAUCUCUCUAUUACCCUGUCUAUACUUCUCUCUCUAUUGCACUUUCCUAUUUUUAUCUCUCUAUUCACUUUCUAUUCUUCACUAUCUCCAUUAUACCUUUCUCUUCUUCUCUCUCCCCAUUACACAUUGCUAUACUUCUCUUUAUUCUUCUCUCUAUUACACCUUUAUAUUUUUCUAUCUCUCUAUAA